GAACCUGGUAUUUUCGCUGAAUGUCGAUGUCAAUGAGACCCCCCAGACCAUGGAAGAGAGGAGGAAGGAAGCCAUGGGCCAUUGCCUUGCACCCCCUUGCCGCGCGCCCGGAGCACUCACGGUUCACCUCACCACCCUCACCCUCGGGGUGCAGUACUAGCAGGGGUCAUGCUCACCUCACCUCCUCUUCUUUUCCUAUCCCUCCUGUCGUCGUCUGCUCUUUUCCUUCUCUUUCCUCUUUCCCUCCUUACCCUCAACCCAAGUCCCAGUCACUUUACCCCGUGCCGUUGUGCGUCUCAUCAUCUGGCUUCAGCCUGACACUCUUUUAAAUAUAGUCAUUCAUUAACCCGUCGCAAAGACACCUCACUCUCCCUUUUUCCAAAACCAACCUUCUCACUUUCUACCUUCCAGUCGCUCGUUCCUGGACUUUUUCCGUCUUCUUAUUUUAGACCUAACUUCUAAUCAACACCUCUCCAACACUCAAACGACCUCGUCGACUCAAUCCAUCACAAUGCAGUUCAAGAUCUCCGCCGCUGCCUUCCUGGCCUUCGCUGCCUCCGCCCUGGCCCAGAAUGCCAACUUCGACCCCGUCACGAAGCCCACUCCCAACGAGAAGAUUAACGCUGGCACCUCCUACACCAUCGAGUGGACUGCCCCCGAUGCCUUCAAGGACGUCACCGUCUCCAUCAGCCUGAUCGGUGGUGCCACCCAGAACACCCAGAUUCCUCUUCAGGACAUCGCCUCCGGCAUCCCCAACUCUGCUGGAAAGUACACCUGGACCAUCCCCAGCACUCUCGGCAAGGACGCCUUCUACGGCCUGGUCGUCAAGUCUGAGUCCAACCCCACCGUCGACUUCCAGUACUCCAACCCCUUCCACAUCAUUGCUGGCGAGGGCUCUGCCUCCGGCACCACCACCAUUGUCUCCUCCUCGCCCACUGCUACCGUCACCCUGUCCGCUGCCAGCGUUUCGGUCACUCCUACCGCCUCCGCUUCUGCCUCGGCUUCCGCCUCUGUCACCAAGUCUGAGAGCGUCAUUGUUAACUCCACCGCCGCUCUUUCCACCACCGCUGUCCCGACCCCCGCUACCCUGAGCGCUCCUGCCUCCACUAUCACCAGCGUCACCCGCCCUGCUACUAACAGCACUGGCACCGCUACCCGCUCUGCUAUCGCCACCGUCACUGGUGUUGCUGCUGGUGCCCAGGCUACUGCUGGUGUCUUCGCUGUCCUCGGUGGUCUCGCCGUUGCUGCCCUUCUCUAAGCAACGUCCGUUGCAGCAUUUACUCGGAUUCACUACAUCUGUUAAAACUGCAUUGGGCUUGGUUUUGGGUUUCAACGUGCAUAUUUGGUCAUGAAUGGAUAAAAAGACGGGUGACACGGCUUCGAGGCUAAUGGACUCGGAUAUUCCGUCUCACUACUGCCUCGAGGAAAUGGGUUCCCCCGCACAUGGCGUUUUCCUGUGUUUUCGAUACCAGUGUCCCCGUGGACGUGGGUGAUCACGAGGGACGGGUUGAUACCUUUCUAGUUGAUAAUAUGAGAGAGAACGAUUCAGUCUGUUUCUAAAGAAAAAAAGAAAACAACUUUUUACAAUG